AUGGCAGCGUCAUUGAGCUCGCCUGGGAGCUCAAGUUCUUCCUCUUUCGACCCGUAUUCUGAACAUGUCACAGAUCCAAAGUCACAGAAUAAGUCCCAAGUUGGAACGCCCGGACAAGAUGACAGUGAUGUUGCUGUUUCAAGUUCUCAUUCCUCUAGUCAGCCUGAUGUGCCUCACCGUGUCCCACGCGGCCACCGUCUGGAAACUGAAAAGCAGACAUCCGCUGCUGCUGCUGCUGCUGCUACCACCAACAAUGCUCAGUCCCGCCGGAAACGCAAACGCGGUGCAGCUGGUAACCAUCCAGUGGGACCCCAGGGCACAGAUUUUAAAUACUCCUCAGAGUAUGAUGGCCGUCAUUUUGGUGUGAAAUCCCAAUCAGACUCGCCGUCGAGUUCAGCGGAUGGCACGAAGCGUGUCAAGUUCAAAAAUGAUAUGAAACCGGACCAUACUGCCGACCCACUGCCAUCUGUGAAUACCAUACCCGCGGAUAAGUCCAAAUUACCAAGGGAAAUAUGGCAGCACAUUUUUACCUUUCUCUCGCCUGUUUCACUUGGACGUGUCUUGCAAGUUAAUCGCACUUUCAAAGCUCUGCUUACUACUGGUCAGCCGGAGUUGCCUUCAGGCCGUGCAACUCAUGGUUCACUAAAGUAUGUUAAUCCGGGUCACAUCUGGUCCACCUCUCGAAAGUCUUUUCAUUCGGGCAUGCCACGUCCGUUGAGCCCUUUGACUGAACUGGAUAUGUGGAAACUUGUUCGCGGGAUUUCUUGCCAGUUUUGCAAUAAAGCCGGAUCUCCUCCUUCACCAGAUGUUUUGCCUUUCGAGAGCGGUCCAGGGGAAAAUGGAGUUCGAAUCAUUUGGCCUUUAGCCGUUCGAUCAUGUGGAGAAUGUUUAAAAUCAAAUUGCGAGACAGAAAUGGACCUUCUCUUUUCUACUACUCUCCCUUCAGUCCUGGUGCCUGCUCUUCCGUUUGCCUUUUUAACUCCACCGCUGCACUAUGCUUCAUCGGUCUCCCUUCGUGGAAGCCAACCUCCAGUUGGCAUGGUCCUUACAAAACACUUCUUAAAGGCCCAAGUUGAGGAGUUGAAGUCCAGAUUCGAGGAAGUCAAAGCUUUAGGGCCCGCAGCCGCCGAGGAGUGGAUGAAAGGCCUAGAAGGAAAUGGCAAAGAGAAGAUUGCUGAUGCUGCACGAUGGGAACAAUGGGAAUUAGCUGGCGGCCUUCGCAGUCUUAAAUCGCCCCAAACAGUACAGCUUAACGGUAACAAGGCCCAGUCCAUUAAGCCCGAGCCAUCCGAUGCUAGCUCGAUGCGCCUCCCUAUUGGAAACCAGCGGCCAACCAGCCUUGGAACAAGUCCGCCAACGAGCAAUAACAGUACAGAUGCUGCUAUUACCGCUCGGCCUCGUAGCACAGGCGCACAACAGGGCUUCCCUCUCCCACCAAACUCCCAACUUCCUCGAGAGCGCAACCUUCGACAGGUUAACGAGGCCAAGGCGAGCCGUCGAACCGAAAUUGAGAGACGUUGCGCAGAACUUAAUCCUCCUCUUGCGCCUGAGGUGAUCAACCACAUGGAGUCGUUUACAGCCGCAAUCCAGAUUACACAUCCGUUUACCGACCGAGACUGGGAAAUCUUAAAGCCUCGUCUCUUGGCUCAACGUGAAGUCGCAGAACGUCGUGAGAAUGAUCGCAAAAUGCACGAUGCAAUGCUACAAGCAAAAUCAGACGAGCGCCGUCAACAGGAGGCGCAACUCAAGGAAGCCAAGGAGAUGCUUGAUCGCGAAUGGGAGGAUGUACAAAAGCCAAUCAAGGAGCGGAUGGCCGGCUAUGCCGAUGAGAUCAUUCGUGAAGGUUGGCGUGGAGGUGAAGGGGUUACAAAAGAAAAAUGCCCCAAGUUCGCAGCCGAUGUCAUUAUGUAUGUUCGGAAGAGAUUCUUGGAAGAUCUAGCCCAAGAAGAUGCGCGCACUCGUGCUGAAGGGAAGCCAAUUGAAGAAGAUUCUCCAAACGGCCCGCCACGACGCAAAAUCAUUCUGGAAAACAUGAAGUUCAUAUUUGACACGAAGAUCAAACUACUCACUGAACAGUUCCAAAAGGAAUUGUUUUUGUGCAAUGGUUGUGAUAACAAUGCUAAAUAUUAUGGCUUCGAAGGUGUGAUUCAGCAUUACGCGGCCAAACACACCAAUGUUCUCAGUUUAGGCAGUGUUGUUGUGCAUUGGCGAGCAGAAUGGCCUGAACGUCCUCCUUUUAACCCUGACCCAGCCUCUGCGAAGCUACUCAUGUAUGCGAUGCCACGUCCUCACGGCGGGCAAAACCACAUGGGAUACUCAAACCCGCAACCUUCUCCUGGCCCUUACAACAGAACGCCAUAUGGCACGCCUUACGCAUAUGGAACUGGCCCUUACCGACCUCCUUCUCCUCAAUACUAUCCUCCCCCACAAACUGGCUACGGGUUCUCUCCCCAACAGCCAGCUUACGCACCUGGGCCUUACGAGCACCCACAUCCGCCACCAGGCCCCACGUACUCUCCAUAUCCUGGCCAAGCAUACCCGCCUCCUUACGCUCCAGGAGAUCCGGCUCGACACCCAGGCCCGCCCUACCAACCGCCAUACAGUGGACCGAGUCAUGCAGCUGGGCCUUACAACCCUCCCUAUCCGCCUAGCGGACAUCAUUCAAGGCCGCCAGCUGGCGCUCACAAGCCCAACCAGGGAAGCCAAUCGUUUGGCCUAUACCAAACCCAUCUGGAUGAAAUUGCUAAGAAUGCUCGUAGUGUUUGGAACGGCACCUCGGGAAUCAAAGAUCUUCCUCACAACGUGCGAGCACACGUUGUGAUACACCAUGUUACCACCAGAUUUGUUGAAAAAUUCGGACAAGAACCAGCUUUGACUCUUUUCUCGGAUGGGUUGAAUUCCCACCCGCAAAUGAAGCCGAUCAGAAACCUCUGUGGUUUGGUCUGCAAGGCAUGUGCUGACAUGUCUAGCUCAAGACGUUCUCGUCAAUAUGAUGCUUCUCGAAGUGAUCGGAAAAUGUACCAUCUUCCAGCCCUCUUCAGCCAUUUCCAGUCCGUACACAUCGAUGCCCCGUCAGCUGCACCUGAUGGCACUCAGCCCGAUUGGAAAGUUCACAUGUUGCUCUUGCCGGACAAUGGGGUUGUGUCUUCUCUGGGGCAAGCCCCUGGCAUGGACCAAGCAAAGUUUCACCUAAUCACCUCUGCGUUUCCAUGGGUGUUCUCUCCAAUCACCGCACCGAUUGCACCAGCUCCGGUGAAAGCUAUAAACAAAUCAAACAUUCAUAGCACGUUCGAAGCAAAAUCUGGUGAGCACUCGAAACUCCCAGGUGGAGGUCAUGGUGGCAAGAAAUCAAACAAUCACUCAGGCCUUGAAGUUGCUGUCGAUGACUUCCCAAGAUUCGUCGAGUCUCCUGAUGAUCCAAAACAGUUUGAACCUCCCCGGGAAGAUGAAUAUGACCCGCAUAGACCUGCGUUUAUUGAACCUGUUCGGGAUUCCUAUAGUCGUGGUGCUCGUGGUAAUGCUGGACCUUCGGCUCCGCCUCGCGACAAGCUUCAUGGGAAGACCCGUCCAAUGGAGACAAUGCCAGGGGAAGAUACUGAAAUGUUAGACAGCAGACGCCCCCGGCAACGGCCUAAGUCUUCCGUUGGUCGUGCCCCAGGAAAGGAACGAGUCUCUAAACCUGGAGCCACGGAUGCUGCAGCCCCCGCCACAGGCAAUGGGCCUUCGCACCCUGGUGCAGACCGACCUGCGAGUCGAAACGUUUCCGAAGAUGGAGAAGUUGCUGAAUCAAACGAGCCAAGAGCAGAUGAAGCUCCGUCUCCCACCGAAGAGAUGAACGCUGCCGAGCAAUUCUUGAACAACUUUGUACCCGGACAAGAUCAGGGAGAUUUCGGAACCACCUCCCGAGGGUCGAACCCUCAAAUGCACCCGGAACCUAGAAGUAAAUGGCCCAAAACAGCUGCUGCAGAUGAGCGGGAAUGGCGUAUGUCGGGUAAUCCCCACGCUAGUGCUGAAGGUGGUCACACAGGUCCAUCAGGCCGCGGCGGGAAGCAUAAUGGAUGGGCUGGACGAGGCAAGAGUCCCGCUGUCGGACGUGAAUAUCGUGAUUUUGACCCAAGGGGCGAUGGAUUCGAUAUGCAUAGUGGCCCACCUUCCGUUAGGGGAGACGUACUGACGCCCGACCAAACUGAAGCCCGCGGCCGUGGCCGGCUACCUGCAGCUGACGCCAAGGGUGCACCAGAUGCUCGAGGCGGGCGGCCGCAUAAUAGAUUCGAUCGGUACGAAGCUCAAAGACAAGAAUCUCUGCGACCUCGCUCGCGGUCACCUCUGCCCCAAGAACGAGCUCCAGUAGAGUAUUACCGCAACCGUAGCCCGAGGACAAGACAAAGGGCUGCGGCGCUCGCAUCGGCAUCUCACCCGCAGGAAGCAUACGUUGAGCGUAUUCCACUCGACCAUCCUUCGUACGCCAGGGCGCCGCCGCAGGGUCAAUAUCGUUACGUUGAAGAAUACAUUGAGCCUCCGUACGAUGGUGCGGUAGAGUACGUUCCCGUACGUGUUGCUGCUCGCGAGCCGCAGAACGCUGGGCAGUACUACAUUGAACGUCCUGUCCACCGUGGCGUUCCACCAGAAUAUGUCGACUAUGAUAUGGAAUAUUCUCGACAGCCUGUCAUCGAACAGCCUCAACAUUAUUAUGCUGGAGCUGGUGCUCGAGAUAUUCCUGACGCUCCUCCUGCCAGUUCGCGCCGUGCUAGAUACAGGUAA